AAUAGACAAACAUAAUACAAUUAAUGUUAAGCUACAAACAAAACAAGUACUAUAACUUAAUUAGCACACACAUAGUAGAAACAAAGCACAUUUUUAGCACACAUUUUCUGUUUCCUUGGUGACGGGUUGGAGUGAACAUCAUUUCCCAGACAUCCCCAGUCCGUCCGUGCGCUCUGCAGCCAAGAGCGGCACAGCGCCAGAGAGCCGAUCCUGCGCCGAGUCCGCGCCGAGUCCGGGGGAAGAUAGCGCCUGUUCAAGUCAAGCACAGCCGAGGAGCGGGCACGGGCUGCGGGCUAACACAUCUGCCAUCCCCCGCUGUACGACCUCCGGACAACCCUGGAACUAUUACCACCGCGACACCGAGAGAUCCAACUCCUCACACGCCGAGGAAGGAGUGAGAAAUGCCCGCGUCCUAGCUCCUCCGUGUACCGCUGAUCUACAACUGCACAUCCGAGGGCUUUGCGACGAGCGAGUGUCCCAUCGGCUGUGAACCAUGUCGGAUAAAAUGUCCAGUUUCCUGCACAUCGGGGACAUCUGCUCCCUGUACGCCGAGGGCUCCACCAACGGCUUCAUCAGCACCCUCGGCCUGGUGGACGAUCGCUGUGUGGUGCAGCCUGAUGCAGGAGACCUCAACAAUCCUCCAAAGAAGUUCAGAGACUGCCUGUUCAGACUGUGCCCCAUGAACCGCUACUCUGCCCAAAAACAGUUCUGGAAAGCAGCGAAACCCGGAGGGAACACAGACACUGUCCUCCUCAACAAGCUACAUCACGCAGCCGAUCUGGAAAAGAAGCAAAAUGACUCGGAAAACAAAAAACUCCUGGGGACAGUAAUUCAAUACGGCAACGUCAUCCAGAUGCUCCACCUGAAGAGUAACAAAUACCUGACAGUGAACAAGCGCCUGCCCGCUCUGCUGGAGAAGAACGCUAUGAGAGUGAUGCUGGACACGGCCGGAAACGAGGGCUCCUGGUUCUACAUCCAACCAUUUUAUAAACUCCGCUCUAUAGGAGACAGUGUCGUGAUCGGAGACAAAGUGGUUCUGAAUCCUGUGAAUGCCGGACAGCCGCUCCACGCCAGCUCCCAUCAGCUCGUCGACAACCCGGGCUGUAACGAGGUGAACUCUGUGAACUGUAACACGAGCUGGAAGAUCGUUCUGUUCAUGAAAUGGAGCGACAACCAGGAAAUCAUACUGAAAGGGGGUGAUGUGGUUCGCUUGUUCCACGCGGAGCAGGAGAAGUUCCUCACAUGUGACGACCACCGCAAAAAACAGUACGUGUUUCUGCGCACCACGGGACGCCAGUCUGCCACCUCUGCCACCAGCAGCAAGGCAUUGUGGGAGAUUGAGGUGGUGCAGCACGACCCGUGUCGAGGAGGAGCAGGAUACUGGAACAGUCUCUUUAGGUUUAAACACUUGGCCACUGGACAUUACCUGGCUGCAGAGGUAAACCCAGAAUAUGAAGAGGAGUGUCUGGAGUCUCGUCCUUCUUUGGACUCGGAGCAGGAGGCGCUUCGAGCUCGUCUGAGAAACGCUCAGGACAAAGUGAUGUACACUCUGGUGUCUGUGCCCGACGGAAACGACAUCUCCUCCAUCUUUGAACUGGACCCCACCACCCUGAGGGGAGGGGACUCUAUGGUGCCCAGAAAUUCCUACGUUCGUCUCAGACACUUGUGCACAAACACGUGGGUCCACAGCACAAACCAGCCCAUCGACAAAGAGGAGGAGAAGCCCGUCAUGCUCCGAAUCGGUACGUCUGCGCAGAAGGAGGACAAAGAGGCGUUUGCCAUUGUCCCCGUGUCUCCGGCUGAAGUCCGAGACUUGGACUUUGCAAACGACGCGAGUAAAGUUCUCGCCUCCAUCGCUGGAAAACUGGAGAAGGGAACGAUUACACAGAAUGAGAGGAGAGCAGUUACUAAACUCCUGGAGGACUUGGUGAUUUUUGUGGUGGACAUUCCCAACAACGGACAAGAUGUUUUAGAAAUUAUGGUCAACAAACCCAACAGAGAGAGACAGAAGCUCAUGAGGGAGCAGAAUAUCCUCAAACAGAUCUUUAAGCUGCUGCAGGCCCCAUUCACAGACAGUGGAGACGGGCCCAUGCUGAGGCUGGAGGAGCUCGCAGACCAGAGACACGCUCCCUUCAGGCACAUCUGCAGAUUAUGUUACAGAGUCCUCAGGCACUCACAGCAGGACUACAGGAAGAACCAGGAGUACAUUGCCAAACAGUUCCGGUUCAUGCAGAAACAGAUCGGGUAUGACGUCCUUGCGGAAGAUACCAUCACGGCUCUGCUCCAUAACAACCGCAAAUUGCUGGAGAAACACAUCACCGCGGCGGAAAUCGACACAUUUGUUAGUCUGGUCCGAAAGAACCGCGAGCCCAGGUUUCUGGAUUACCUGUCAGACCUGUGUGUGUCCAUGAACAAGUCCAUCCCCGUGACGCAGGAGCUCAUCUGUAACGCCGUCCUGGACCCUGCCAACGCAGACAUCCUCAUCGAAACCAAACUGGUGCUGUCCCGGUUUGAGAUAGAGGGGGAGCAUUUGGGAGAGAACGCGGAGGAGUCGGAGGAGGACGAGGAGGAGGUGUGGCUCUUCUGGAAGGACAGUAACAAAGAGAUCCGCAGUAAAAGUAUUCGAGAGCUGGCCCAGGACGCCAAAGAAGGCCAGAAAGAGGACCAGGAAGUCGUCAGCUACUACCGGUACCAGCUGAACCUGUUUGCACGGAUGUGUCUGGACCGACAGUACCUGGCCAUAAAUAAGAUCUCUGGUCAGCUGGACGUGGACCUCAUAUUGAGAUGCAUGUCAGACGAGGACUUGCCCUUUGACCUCCGCGCCUCCUUCUGUCGCAUGAUGCUACACAUGCACGUGGACCGCGACCCCCAGGAGCAGGUCACGCCUGUCAAAUACGCCCGCCUCUGGUCCGAGAUCCCCUCCCAGAUCGCUAUAGACGAUUACGAUAACGAUGGCACCUCAAAAGAUGAGAUAAAAGAGCGUUUUUCUCAGACCAUGGAGUUUGUGGAGAAUUACCUCCGAGACGUGGUGUGUCAGAGCUUCCCCUUCGCCGACAAAGAGAAGAACAAGCUCACGUUCGAGGUGGUGAAUCUGGCCAGAAACCUGAUUUAUUUCGGCUUCUAUAACUUCAGUGACCUGCUGAGACUGACCAAGAUCCUGCUGGCGAUUCUCGACUGUGUCCAUGUCAGCACCAUGUUCCCCUUUAACGUCCUGCACAAGGGAGACGAGAGCAAAGGCAGUAAUGUGAUGCGCUCCAUUCACGGUGUGGGGGAGCUCAUGUCUCAGGUGGUGCUCAGAGGAGGAGGGUUCCUGCCGACAGCCUCCACCACGUCCACCUCCAGAGACGUGACCAAGACUCAAACCGAGCCGGAGAAACAGGACAUCCUCGUCAUGGACACCAAGCUCAAGAUCAUCGAGAUACUGCAGUUCAUUUUGAAUGUUCGACUGGACUACAGGAUCUCAUGUCUCCUCUCCAUCUUUAAAAGAGAGUUUGAUGAGAGCAACUCUCAAAGUGAAUUUUCCAUUUCUGGGACAGUGGAGGGUCCCAACAAUAUGCCUGGUGCACUGGAUUUCGAGCACAUAGAGGAGCAGGCAGAGGGCAUAUUUGGAGGAAGUGAAGAGAACACCCCUCUGGAUCUGGAUGACCACGGCGGCCGCACAUUUCUGAGGGUCCUGCUCCACCUCACGAUGCACGACUAUCCCCCCCUAGUGUCCAGAGCCCUGCACCUGCUCUUCAGACACUUCAGCCAGAGACAGGAGGUCCUCCAGGCUUUCAAACAGGUGCAGCUGUUGGUCACCAGUCAGGACGUGGAGAAUUACAAACAGAUCAAAUCAGACCUGGAUCAGCUGAGAUCCAUUGUGGAGAAGUCUGAGCUGUGGGUUUAUAAGAGACAGGGACCGGACGAGAGCAUGGACACUGGGGACAGCACCAUGGACAAGGGAGGAUCUGGUGGCUCUGACAAACCAAAGAAGCAGAGCACCAGCAGCUACAACUACAGAGUGGUCAAAGAGAUCCUGCUUCGUCUGAGCCGGCUGUGUGUGCAGGAGGGGCUGUCUGGGAGAAAGAGCCGCAAACAGCAGCAGAGACUUCUGAGGAACAUGAGCGCUCACGCCGUGGUGCUGGAGCUGUUGCAGAUCCCAUAUGAGAAGGGUGAAGAUGUGCGGAUGCAGGACAUCAUGAAGUUGGCUCAUCAGUUUCUGCAGAACUUCUGUGCAGGAAACCAACAGAACCAGGCUCUGCUCCACAAAAACAUCAAUCUGUUCCUCAACCCGGGGAUCCUGGAGGCCAUCACCAUGCAGCACAUCUUCAUGAAUAACUUCCAGCUGUGCAGUGAGAUCAACGACAGGGUGGUGCAGCACUUUGUCCACUGCAUCGAGACCCACGGCCGCAACGUCCAGUACCUCAAGUUCCUCCAGACCAUCGUCAAAGCAGAGAACAAGUUCAUUAAGAAGUGCCAGGACAUCGUCAUGGCCGAGUUGGUGAAUGCCGGAGAGGACGUGCUGGUGUUCUACAAUGACCGAGCCUCGUUCCAGACGCUGGUGCAGAUGAUGAGGUCAGAGAGAGACCGCAUGGAUGAGAACAGUGCUCUCAUGUAUCACAUUCACCUGGUGGAGCUGCUGGCCGUCUGCACUGAGGGCAAAAACGUCUACACUGAAAUCAAGUGCAACUCUCUGCUGCCCCUGGACGACAUCGUGAGGGUGGUGACGCAUGAGGACUGCAUCCCUGAGAUAAAAAUUGCGUACAUAAACUUCUUGAAUCACUGUUACGUGGACACGGAAGUUGAAAUGAAGGAGAUCUACACGUCGAAUCACAUGUGGAAACUGUUUGAGAACUUUCUGGUGGACAUCUGUAGGGUUUGUAACUACACGAGCGACCGGAAACACGCUGACACCAUUCUGGAGCGAUACGUGACAGAGACGGUGAUGAGCAUCGUCACUACUUUCUUCAGCUCGCCCUUCUCUGACCAGAGCACCAGUCUGCAGACCCGGCAGCCUGUGUUUGUGCAGCUGCUUCAGGGAGUGUUCCGGGUUUAUCACUGCACUUGGAUGGUGCCGGUCCAGAAGGGCUUCGUGGAAAACUGUAUUAAAGUGCUCUCUGAUGUCGCCAAAGGCAGGGCCAUAGCGAUCCCCGUGGACCUGGACAACCAAGUGAACAACCUGUUUGUGAAAUCGAACAACAUCGUUCAGAAGACGGCCAUGAGCUGGAGACUGUCCGCACGAAACGCCGCGAGGAGAGACUCUGUGGUGACCGCCUCCCGAGACUACAGGAACAUCAUCGAGAGGCUACAGGACAUAGUCUCGGCCUUAGAGGACCGUCUGCGUCCUCUGGUCCAGGCGGAGCUCUCUGUUCUGGUGGACGUCCUCCAUCGACCCGAGCUCCUCUUUCCCGAAAACACCGACUCCAGGAAGAAGUGUGAGAGCGGAGGCUUCAUCUGCAAACUGAUCAAACACACCAAACAGCUGCUGGAGGAAAACGAGGAGCGACUGUGCAUCAAAGUCCUGCAGACGCUCAGAGAGAUGAUGACCAAAGACCGAGGAUAUGGAGAAAAGCUCAGGGCGUUUGAUGAUGAAAUGGAUUUGCCAAAGCUGGACCAAAACCAACCCGAGAAGCUGCUAAAUGACCAAAAACGGGGCGAGGCGCUGAGGCAGAUCCUGGUGAACCGUUACUAUGGAAACUUCCGGAGCGGUGGGCGAAGGGAGAGUCUGACGUCAUUCUCCAACGGGCCAGUGCUGGGCGCCGUGCACGCCAAGUCCACAUCAGCCCUGGUUCCGGGAGGCCUGAGCCGGGGGCAGAUGAGCCUGGCCGAGGUGCAGUGUCACCUGGACAAAGAGGGAGCGUCAGACCUGGUCAUCGACCUCAUCAUGAACACGAGCAGUGACCGAGUGUUUCAAGAGAGCAUCCUGUUAGCCAUCGCUCUGCUGGAGGGAGGCAACACCACCAUACAGCGUUCAUUCUUUUGCCGCUUGACCGAAGAUAAAAAAUCCGAGAAGUUUUUCCGUGUUUUCUACGACCGGAUGAAAGUGGCCCAGCAGGAAAUCAAAGCCACGGUGACGGUCAACACCAGCGACCUAGGAAACAGGAAACGUGACGAGGAAGGAGGAGACAAGGAGGCUCCAGCCAGAAGGAAAGCCCGAGACUCUGCUGUGGUGAUUACGGAGGAUGUGAAGGAGCAGUUGUUGGAGGCGUCGUCUGCCACAAAGAAAGCGUUUAACUCGUAUCGCCGUGACGCUGACCCCGAGGACCACUUCAGCUCUGCGGAGGGGCACCCUUCCUCUGGAGACAAGGGCCAGGACGACGGAGAGAUGAGCUUCGUCAUCAUCAUCAUGCAGCCGAUCCUGCGCUUCCUCCAACUGCUGUGUGAGAACCACAACAGAGAUCUACAGAACUUCCUCCGAUGUCAGAACAACAAGAACAACUAUAACCUGGUGUGUGAGACGCUGCAGUUCCUGGACUGUAUCUGUGGAAGCACCACUGGAGGCCUGGGGCUGUUGGGACUUUACAUCAAUGAAAAGAACGUGGCUCUGAUCAACCAGACUCUGGAGAGCCUCACCGAGUACUGCCAGGGACCCUGUCACGAAAACCAGAACUGCAUCGCCACACAUGAGUCCAAUGGCAUCGACAUCAUCAUCGCCCUCAUCCUGAACGACAUAAACCCUCUGGGGAAGAAACGCAUGGACCUGGUGCUGGAGCUCAAGAACAAUGCUUCCAAAUUAUUGCUUGCCAUCAUGGAGAGCCGCCAUGACAGUGAAAAUGCAGAGAGAAUCCUGUACAACAUGAGACCUAAAGAGCUGGUGGAGGUGAUAAAGAAGGCCUACCUGCAGGGGGAGGUCGAGUUUGAAGACGCGGGACAAGACGAGGAUAAUGGUGAUGAAGAAGAUCAUGACGCCGCUUCACCCCGAAAUGUUGGACACAACAUCUACAUUUUAGCCCACCAGUUGGCGCGUCACAAUAAGGAGCUGUCCAUAAUGCUGAGGCCGGGGGCAGCCAGCGGUGACGGGGACGAAGCCUUGGAGUUCUACGCCAAACACACUGCGCAGAUAGAGAUUGUACGUCAGGACCGUACCAUGGAGGAGAUUGUGUUCCCGGUCCCAAACAUCUGUGAGUUCCUGACGUCUGAGUCCAAACUGCGCGUGUACUACACCACAGAGAGGGACGAGCAGGGCAGCAAGAUCAAUGACUUCUUCCUGAGAGCCGAGGACCUGUACAACGAGAUGAACUGGCAGAAGAAGCUCCGAGCUCAGCAGGUGCUGUACUGGUGCUCCAGGAACAUCUCGGUGUGGAGCACAGUGUCCUUUAACCUGGCCGUGCUCAUGAACCUGCUCGUCUGCCUCUUCUACCCCCUGGAGAACGUACACGGAGGUAUAAUCGAGCCUCACCUGUCCCUGGUCUUGUGGUUGGGCGUGUUGGCGUCUCUGGUCAUAGUGGUCAUCAUGCCUCAGCCUCUGGGGAUCAGGGCUCUGGUCAUCGUCACCAUCCUGCGCCUGAUCUUCUCUGUGGGUUUGGAGCCGACGCUCUUUCUCCUGGGAGCCUUUAAUGUGUGUAAUAAACUGAUCUUCCUGGUGAGUUUCGUGGGGAAUCGCGGUACGUUCACUCGGGGGUACAGAGCCAUGGUGCUGGACUUUGAGUUCCUGUACCACCUCAUCUACCUCAUCAUUUGCUGCCUCGGCGUCUUCGUGCAUGUCUUCUUCUACAGCCUACUGUUGUUUGACCUGGUAUAUCGAGAGGAGACUUUGUUGAACGUGAUUAAAAGUGUGACCCGUAAUGGCCGCUCCAUCGUGCUGACCGCUGUGCUGGCUCUCAUCCUGGUCUAUCUCUUCUCCAUCGUCGGAUACAUUUUCUUCAAAGACGACUUCAUUCUGGAGGUCGACCGCAUCCAGAACACCACGCUCAAGAAUGGAGGGAGUUUGGCCAGUGAGUUUCUGUCUGGAGGGAUGUGUCCUGGUGGCGGGGAGGGGAACUGUAGCAGUGGAGCAGUGCAAGAAACAGGAGUGUCAGAGCUGGAGGAAGGGGAGGACAGUGAUGUGGAGCGGACCUGUGACUCUCUGCUCAUGUGUAUUGUGACUGUCCUGAGUCACGGCCUGCGCAGUGGAGGAGGAGUGGGAGACGUGCUCCGGAAACCGUCCAAAGAGGAGCCUCUGUUCGCGGCGCGUGUGGUGUACGACCUGCUCUUCUUCUUCAUGGUCAUCAUCAUCGUCCUGAACCUGAUUUUUGGAGUCAUCAUCGACACGUUCGCCGACUUGAGAAGCGAGAAGCAGAAGAAGGAGGAGGUGCUCAAGACUACCUGCUUCAUCUGCGGUUUGGAGCGAGACAAGUUUGACAAUAAAACGGUGACCUUUGAGGAGCACAUUAAAGAGGAGCACAACAUGUGGCAUUAUCUGUUCUUCAUCGUUCUGGUCAAAGUGAAAGAUUCCACGGAAUACACCGGACCUGAGAGCUACGUGGCCGAGAUGAUCAAGGAGCAUAACCUGGACUGGUUUCCGCGCAUGAGGGCCAUGUCUCUGGUGAGCAGCGAUGCAGAAGGAGAACAGAACGAGAUCAGGAGCCUGCAGGAGAAACUCGAGUCCACCAUGAGACUCGUGUCCAACCUGUCAGGACAACUGACCGAGCUCAAAGAACAGAUGACGGAGCAGAGGAAGCAGAAGCAGCGCAUUGGCCUCCUGGGUCACCCUCCGCACAUGAACCACAACCCCCAGCAGCCGGCUUAGACUCACCUGGACCCUCGGAAGCUGCCGAAACCGAAACUCUCCUCCCGGACUAUCGACACAAUCGCGCUUCGACAGUUCUUGGACUAGUAUUCACACUUUAACGUGCCUCACCUCUCUCCUGUUCACGUCACACACAGCGGAUUCUAAUUAAUAUUUAUAGAUUAUUUUUGAUGAUCCUACUUGUGCACCUGGAGUGGACCAAGUGCCUUAAAAUGACUGAGGAAAAUGCAUUUUACUAAUUAUGAAAACAAGCCAAAGUUGAACCCGAACAGCUGUCUUCCCUGUGGCCUUUUCUACCUUUUGUGUCUAAACUCAGGUCUAUAACACACGAUAGAACAUUUGUGAUUUUCAACUGGUGCAGAGCAAGUACCCAAACACGUCCCAAAUACUGUAACUGAGUGGUUAACACACGUAGGUUGUGGGUUAAAUUCCUGCGCCAGUGUCUCUGAAUGGAUCUGUGGUGGAAUUUGUUGAGCUGGUUCAAAACUUUGUCAUUCCUGAACCUAUCCAAAAACGACACAAAGUUCGUCUUCUGUGUUGAAUUAACGAUAGACCUUUUAGCUUUGUUGAGUUUUGUUGUGUCCUUAGGCAAGACGUUUUAGAAAAUGAUUUUAGCGAACCUUUCCCACCAGUUGAGAACCAUAAAUUUCAAUAUUAAAUCUUCUAACUUACAGCAAUAGGAAAAAUAUGCAAUAAAUUCAUCAUUCACGAGUAUUUAGUUUUAUACCUUAAAAUAAUUACUAUUUAAUAAUUAAUAAUAACACACAUAAUUUAUUUUUUAUUGAUUUUACCAUCUUUGUGUCCAGAUAUUUCAUGGGUUUUGUUAAUGAGUCUGUCCAGUCGGGCUGUACUAAUUUUACAGGUGGUUUUGUAACAUUUAAAGGGCCGUUUUAUGCGAUUUUCUGAUCUACAGUUUGUUUUUUAUGUAGUUUCUUCAUCACACACAGAUCUAGAGUUGUGUUUUGUUUCAUUCACACAUGUUUAACACACAAAACCUGCAUUUAGGCUGAGUUCUUCUCUCAAAUGAAACAGAAAACGCUGAAAACAGAAACAAAAAAAAGUGAAAAAAUGCACAAAAGCUUUUUUAUUUUUAUUUUUAAAUGUUGUUUCGGCAAAAAGCCUUCGUCAGAUCAUUUUCCUUGCUUUGGACCAAGGUAUACAUACAUGAGUUCUUCUCUCAAACAGAAAACACAAAGAAAUUAGGACUGGGUAUCAUUAAGGAGUUGCCGAUACGAUACAUAUCUCGAUACAGUGCACUUUCGAUUCGAUAUGAUAUAUUUCAAAUCAAUUCGAUGCGGUUCAAUAAAAAAUAAAGGCUAAAUCGUGGCUCUGAUACUAAAAGGCUUUGUGAAAUCACUUCUUGUGAAAAGUUCAUAUGAAACACAAACAUUUUAAUCCUCAAAACAGUAAAAAUGUCAAAUGUGUCUCAUAAAUGAGCUUCCUUUCACUCCACAAGCAACAAAAAUGUAGCACUGUAACAAAAUAAUUUAGUAAAACACACCUAAAAAUACUCUUGGUGAAAUAUCGAUACAGUAGCCCACGAUAUCGAUACUGUAUCAUCACAUUAAACGAUACGAUAUAUCAAUAUUCCGAUAUUUUUGCACAGCCCUAAAGUAAAUGUAUAAAAAGCAAUUGUAUGUUUUUAAAAGUAGUAAAGUAUGUAAGAAUGACUAAAUUAAUCUGCACAAAAAAGUUAAUUAAUAUUGUAAAAAUAAACAAACAGAAAACACUCCACCUGUUCCACCUUGUGAUGUCAUAAAAUGAAGUAUUUUUAAGACGAUUUCAAAUAAAGUAUAAAAAACAACUGUAUGUUUUUAAAAGUAGUAAAGUAUGUAAGAAAUACUAAAAUAAUCUGUAAAUAAAUAUGUAGUAGAAUGUAGUAAAAAAUGAACAAAAAACGUUAAAUAAUGUUGUAAAAAUAAACAAACAGAUAACACUCGAUUCCACCUUGUAAUGUCAUGAAAUAGAAAGUGUAGGAAGUGCUCCACUGUGUUUUUCAACUCAAUGCACUUUCACUAGAAUCGUGUGGAUAAUUUCAGCCCUGGAAUUGCCAAUCUACUGAAUUAAAGUAAAAAAAAUCGCUUCAUGACACAGAAAACGCACACCAAAAUUCCUGUAGAGGUGCAAAUGCAAGGAGCAAAAGACAAGUGAAAAAAUGCAUCGCACAGUCCGAUGGCCGAUGUCCAAAAGCUUUUUCAUACAGAGGCGGUUUUACCAUUAGGCAAAAGUUGGUGGGUACGUAGGGCCCCCAAACCUGGAGGGGCCCCCAACCAAUGUCCCUCAGUGCCACUAAUGGGCGAGGCCUCAGCGCAAUUAGAUUUUCUUUCAAUAUGACAAUAAAUGAGAUUAGUUUAUUUUUAAUCAUAAUCUUAUGAUGUACCUGUACAACAACUCACCCUUAUGUAACAGAUAAUACUCCCUACAACUGUACAACAACAGAUAAUACUCCCUACCACUGUACGACAACUCACCACUAUGUAACAGAUAAUACUCCCUACAACUGUACGACAACUCACCAUUAUGUAACAGAUAAUACUCCCUACAACUGUACAACUCACCCUUAUUUAACAGAUAAUACUCCCUACAACUGUACAACAACUCACUUUUAUGUAACAGAUAAUACUCCCUACAACUGUAUAACAACUCACCACUAUUAACAGAUAAUACUCCCUACAAUUGUAUGACAACUCACCCUUAUGUAACAGAUAAUACUCCCUACAACCGUACAACAACUCAGCCUUAUGUAACAGAUAAUGCUCCCUACAACUGUACAACUCACCCUUAUGUAACAGAUAAUACUCCCGACAACUGUACAGCAACUCACCUUUAUGUAACAGAUAAUACUCCCUACAACUAUACAACAAUUCACCCUUAUGUAGUAGAUAAUACUCCCUACAACUGUACAACAACUCACCCUUAUGUAACAGAUAAACAUGUGUGAAUGAAACAAAACACAACUCCAGCUUUGUUUUUGACGAGGUAACAACAUUCUAACAAGAGUAUGGGACCUUUAAAGUAAAGUAGAAAUAAUAAAGUCACAGUAAAUGUUGUAAAAGUAAAAGUACUUUGGGGGCGACACUAAACUUAGACUGUCAUAUGUCAUUUGUGCACUGGUGUAUUUACUCUCUAUUAGUUUGGACGCACUGAAUGUCUGUAGCAGUAGCGGGGGCACACACAGGGAGACCGCUUCAUGUACGUGUGCAGAGAUUUGGAGUGCUGCUUAAGUGAGAUUUUUAAAAGUUUUAUACAAAGACGUGAGUGAACUGUAAAUGAUAAAGUCUAUUUAAAUAAACAAGAUUGUAGAAUUAUAA